CCAACUUCUUGGAAUUAGAAGUAUGCAGUGAAGUCUCACUGGAAGGACUCAUUACCUGUCUCUUAAGGCUUGUCAUUUAUGUCCUUCCAGAAGACAUACAUUGUGUUAUCUUAUGACCUCAUUCUAAACCUCAUGCAUGUAUGUUUUAAAUAGCUUCAGUAAAAUUCAAGUACAACAUUAUCAUCGCCAGGAGUGCCACAUUGUCUGCACUUUAACCUUACAGUCGAUAGCAUUAUAGUCGGCGCACCUGUAGAGGAAACAACUACGUGUGUACAUAUAUACAAAGAGCAUAAGAGAGUAGCACGACACAUAGAUAUUAUAUCCAGGUCUUACAUCAUGUUUUGGGCAGUCUUAUUUGUAUGCCUUUUGCAACCUUGGAGUCUCUCUGGAAUUAUUAUGCCAAACCCGAGUGGCAGUACAAAAGCGCCUAGCCUACAAAAUGACAUCACACGCCUGACACAGACCAUCCAGUCAAUGCAACAACAGUCAGCUGCUGAAAUGUCUUCCCUGAAAGCUGAAAUCCAGGCCAUGAAAACCGAACUACAGCAAUCAUCGGAUGAACUGAUCCAGGUGAGGUCAGAACUGGACAGCAUGAAACAAAAUGUAUCAGUACAAAUGGAGCAGCUUGCAGAUCUGCAAUCGGUCGAGGAACAGGUAUACAAUUUGUCCGAAACCCUUGCAUCGAAAACCAGAGAUGUGGCGUUUCACGUAAGCCAGCUUGACGGUGAACAGACAACCUACAUACCUCUGAAAUACCUCAAAAUCCUCUACAACUCUGGGGAUGGCUAUAACUCCACCUCAGGGACGUUCACAGCACCCGUCUCGGGAACAUACAUGUUCUGGACACAGAUACAAAAUAGUCAGGCAAACACCUACAUGGAUGUCUGGAUCAUGAAGACUGGGAGAGGAGAUAUCCUGGCCAAUGGUUGGGUGUUAACAGAUUCUACUAUCGUCGACGCUGAUGCUAAUGCCCAGACUGUCCUACACUUGGAAAUGGGCGAGGAGGUAUGGGUGGAGAUAACCGUGGAACACGAGCUAAAGGAUAGUGACGCAUCAUACUUUGGUGGAGUCCUGUUGUCAGUUCAAUGACCACGAGUCCACAAUAAAGCAACACGUCUUCAAAGAUUA